CUGAUCUCACGUGACAAGUCACCACAACAAAGAUGGCGGCCACUCGGCAAAUGUGGGCCGCUUUGGUCUUUAAGAUCUUUUCGAUGGUUUGUUCGUCGGGGGCGGCUUCGUACACCAGAAAUCUGUCCGUGGAGUUGAACCCGGGCUCGUUGGCCCCACCCCCUGGUGGCGACCUUCUGCACGUGAGAGCGGUGGGAGACAACGACACGCUGCAUUUUCUGUUCUGCAGCCAUGGGACGCCCGCGCUUCUUCUGGUCCACACCAACGUCACUUUCUCUAAUGUCUCGGUUGACUGGCCAAGAUUCUUGAGCCGCAACGGCAGCGGCAGCCUGCGGGUGGAGCCGGCGAGUAGCAUCCUUUCCAGGACGGGGCUCAUCUUCAGCAGGCUGUUGGAAUAUAACGACGUCAACAACACGGCGGAAGUGCCCCUUGACCUUUUCCCACCUUACCAGCUACGUAAUGUCACAUGGUCGGCGAUGGAGCUGUCGGGGGCGGCGGCUCGACUGUGCGGCGCUGUGGCUCAAGGAUCCAUUUGUCUGCACCUGACAGUGUUUGAGCAAGAGGGGCGUGAUGAGAUCUGGCCCCGCCUCCUCCACACGGCCAACACCUCCCAGGUGGCCGUGCAGCUUGACGGCUUGUCGCCAAGGUCGGAGAGGUCACGCUUCUUCUUGGAGCUGCAGGCAGUGGGUGGAGUAUCCCCGCUCAACGCUGUCGAGGUUCAUCGCUCCAUCAACGACGAGUUCACGCCUUCCGUCUUCAAGGUGUCGGAGUGGACGUCGGGAGACGAGGGGAGCUCGGCCGACGAGCGCGGCUUCGUCCUGUGGAAGCAGGUCGCGUACCGACGUUCCCCGCCAGCGCUGGAGGACGCGUCGCCGUGCCGUCACUCGAAUCCACGGCGGCAGAGCGGCCAGGCCGACGGAGGCCUGGCCCUGGCCUUUUUCACAGCUGAGGACAGCGUCUUCGGACUGAACAUCAGCUUCGGUGUGGCAGGCGAACCUUUCUACGACGCCACCAAGUUCCUCAGCUGGACGGCCGCGGUCGGUGUCGGCCUCCCCCCCGCCGACACCUUCUCCCCGCUUGUGGUGGCCAUCAUGGCAGUCGGGCUCGGCGCACCGCUCGUCAUGCUCCUGAUGGGCGGAGUCUACAUGUGCCUGCGCAAGAGAUCGGCGGUGACCGGCUACGAGCCAAUCAACUGACGGGUGGCCGAUUCAAUGUCAGAGACUCUUAAAGCCACUUGAUUUGGCAUAUUUUAUUGUUUUUAUAAUUUCCUCUUCCCCUGGCUUUU